GAAAAGGAAAAAAGGGAGGGGUGACCUAUAUUUUGGUUUGGGAAGUUCCAGUCCAAACUCUUCUUACAUAAGAUGUGAUUUGCUUCUGUGAGUUAUGCCGUUCAAAGGGAGGGAUGUGGAAAAGGUUUGGAGGUGAUCACAGAGAGAAAACUUCUGAUGUGGUUCCAUGAUGUUGCAGAAGAGAACAAAGGCGUGUGCAUAUGCGUCCUUAUAGACUGGGGGCCGCGUGAGGGGGAGAGUUUCCUCCUACAGUGUGGAACCAGCUCUCAGUCUGACAGCAGUAGCAGCAGCAGCAGAGGUCUCUUCCUACUCCCCCUGAACUGCAGUGAGAAGCCGCCAGGUUGUGACAGCCAUGUUGGCGGGAUGUUUUCGUCUGCUGUUGCUCCUUCCUCUGGCUUGCAGCAUCCCCUCCCUCUCCAGACCCCCUACCAGAAUGUGCAGACGGUGCUGCGACAACAUGGAACCUUCAACCCCAGCUAAUUAUCAAAUACCUGAAGUUAAAACCAUCAUCAACAUGACCAUUCUUAAAGGUGAUAAAGGUGACAAAGGGGACAAAGGUACUCCUGGAAAGCCAGGUUUAGAGGGCCCUCCUGGCCACCGAGGAGCUAUUGGCCUUAAAGGUAGCAAAGGUCAGGCAGGUGCCCCUGGAGACGCCUGCAAGAUCCCUUCUUCUUCUUUCUCAGUUGGCCGGCGCAAGGCCCUUCACAGCGUGGAUUACUACCAGGCCCUAGUGUUCGACACAGUUUUCGUAAAUCUCCACGAACACUUUAACAUGUUCAAAGGUAAAUUCUACUGCUACGUGCCCGGUAUCUACUUCUUCAAUGUCAACAUCCAUACCUGGAAUUUUAAGGAGACUUACCUCCAUUUGAUGCACAAUGACAAGGAGCAGGUGAUUCUCUAUGCUCAGCCCAGUGAGAGGUCCAUUAUGCAGAGUCAGAGCGUCAUGUUCAAUCUAGCUCUGAAUGAUGAGGUCUGGGUUCGACUCUACAAAAGAGAGAGGGAAAACGCCAUUUACAGUGAUGAUGUGGAUGUUUACAUCACUUUCAAUGGAUACCUGGUGGCUCCUAGCAUCCAGUGAAACAGAGAAGGUUGUAAUUUUCCUUCUGUCUUUAUUUCUUUAUACUUUUUGUCUCCACGCACACAGCUCUGUAAAGAACCACAAUCAAAAAGGAGGAAAUUGCAACUUUUUCAAGAGAGGUGCUUUUUUUAUGAAAAUAAACAGAAACAAACAGCAGGAGAAAUGCUUUCUUUGCACUAAAAUUAUAUUUUUAAAAAACGUUAUUUUCCUUCCACUGUAUUUUUAUUCUGCCUUUGGCUUUUGAGGAAAACCAUGGUUGCAUCACUCAUAUGGAAUUAAAUUAGAGCAAUCGCAUUUAGGUGGUUGCAAAGUAGCUGUGAGGCUAAGACCAAUGUUUUUGUCUGAAAUCAAUGUUUCUCUGCUUUAUCACAGAAAGCUUAAAAAGGUCAGUUCAUCCAAAUUACAGACAAAAUAUAUUGUUUUGUUCUUGCUCUGCAUUGCUCAUGCUAAUUGUUUAGAUCUAUGAGGCUUAGUGCUGCAGCAAAUUUUUCCAGUGGUACAUCAUAUUAUUGAGGGAAAUUUCCUCUGCUAUGACGAUGCCCUUGGAGCCACAGAAAAAAAGCAGCUUUGUGGAUCCAUGAAACAGGAAAUAUGGAUUCAGCUUGCACAUCUGUCUGUCUGGUGGCAAAUUAUCUACACACAAGUCAUUUAAAAUAUUUAGUUAUUUUUAAAAAACAUUGAAAAAACUAGUAAGCCAAGAAAAAUGCAUUUAAAGUCAGUUUGCUUGCAUAUGUAGGGUUUGCAAGUACACCGAUAGUCAACCUGAUAAUGAUUUGAAUAAAAUCCUGCAAUUUAAUUCAAUAAAGCAACGCUCAAAACUUCAAUUUUUAUCUAUUUCCUAUGAGAAUGUGUCUGAUGAACUAAACAUCAACCUGAAAGCUUUCACAGUUAUCCUGAGAAAGCAGUUAUCCUGCUGAACUGGCUUUUUAAUAAAGUACGCAGAACUUGAAAAUCAGAGGAUUUCCUCCAAUAAACUCAUUUAUCUAAAAUUACUAAGUUAGGCAAGAACCUAUACUAUAAGGAAUAUUUUAAUAAUUUGGGGGAAUUGUCCAGUUUUAAGCAAUCAAGUGAAGUGUAAGAACAAAGGUGCUAUGUUGGCCAAACAUCCAUCAGGGUUUUAACAUUUAAUUAUCAAGUAUUUUUACAAAGGGACAAACUGCAGAGCAGUUUUGUAAAUAUUUGUACAUUAAAUGUCUUUAUUAGCUUUUAGACCUUUGAAGCUGUUGUUGCUGCGCAGUGUGUAUUUCACUUUUUGACUCUGCUUGCCACUUUUCGUUGUCUGCAGAAUUCUUGAUAAUAAAAGUUUGAAAGUCAUCAGCCAUUAAAUGUA